UUUACACCAGAAGCAAGUCAUCCUCAAGCUCUGCAAACGAAACUACCUUGAGCGAAUUGAGGACCAGCUUAACUGUAUUUCACUGCGAUAAGAUGGACUCUGUUAUUGACGACUCUCCUAGUGGGAGCAACGGUGAAGAAAAGGCUGAUUUUCUGUCUUCCAGAAAUAACGAUGAUUACGAUUCUGAAACUGAACUAGGGGAUUACACGUUAAAAAGAACCGAUUCUUCGUCUUCCUUGAGUUUUAUCGAUCUCAACAAGUUACUUUACUUACAGGACUUUGAUUUCGGGGUCGGGCUCGACCAUGUCAGCGAUUCGGCUAAAAGACGGUUCAAUGAGAUGAAAACCAAAACCAAACAAAGACUCAAUAGAUUAAAGAUCGAUUCGAACCAAACCAGAGACCUUCUGAAGCUCCAGGAGCUCUUAAACCAGAGGUUGGCAAAGUUUGAUGAGAAGGUGCACAAAAACUUGGAGAGCUCUGCCACAGAAAAGUUGUUUUACGCGUUGGCAGUAUCUUGCAUUGCUGCUGGAGGGUUUGUUUUAGGCAAAUACCCCCUGUAUUUCCAUGUGUUUUACACGGUGUUGUUCUGCUUGUUGAUGCCUAUCCGAUUCUAUUCCUACUUUAAACAGUCUUUUCAAUAUUAUUUGGCAGACUUGUGUUAUUACGUCAACUUGCUUUUGAUGCUCUUCAUUUGGUACAAACCCGAUUCCAAAUCCUUGUUUGUUUCGGUUUUUUCAUUAUCGCUUGGAACUUUGUCAUUUGCAGUCAUCACCUGGAGAAACUCGUUGGUGUUGCAUUCCAUUGAGAAAACCACCAGCUCGUUUAUCCACGUAAUGCCACCAAUCACACUUUUUGUGAUUGUGCAUGAGAUGCCAAAAGAUUUUGUAAAGGAGAGGUUUCCAGCGGUGUUAAAGAUUGAUAAUUGGAAUUUUGUGAAUGGAAUAAUUAUCACGUCUAUUUAUUACACUGUGUGGCAAGUGGGUUACCAUUACUUCAUAACUAUCCGCAAGAAGAAAGAAAUAGAAAAUGGUAGAGUUACGUCUUUUACUUACUUGAGAAAGAAGAAUAAGGCCACUGUCUUGGGUAGAUUUGUUAAUUCUUUGCCAUACAAUUGGAUGCAAAUCACUGCAUUUACAUUUAUUCAGUUCUUUUACCAGAUUUUCACAAUGAUUCCUUGUCCCCUCUGGUUCAAAUACAAACAUUUCUGUGGAUCCUUUGUUGCCUUUGUGUUUAUUUGGUCAAGUUACAAUGGAGCCACAUAUUACAUUGAUGUCUUCGGUAAACGUUUUGAGAAAGAAGUCAAGAAGUUGAAACAAGAGAUCAAUGAUCUUCAGGCCCGAGUUGAUUCUGCCCAAGCAUCUCCAGAGAUGAAACCACAGGGUAGCUCCUUGUCGUCAACUAACGAUGGUGAAUUCUCAAAAGAAGAUAAUGCUGUUAUGAUAGACAAGACCUCAGGCGACUCUUUCACUUCAGGAUCCCACGUUAAAUCAUUUUCUUUGGAGAACAGUAUCUGAUUUAUACCCAUAAGCAAUUCAACAUUGCAACCCCAUAACAUUCAUUUUUAACGACGCCAUGAUGUUCCUGAGGAAGUACUCAACUCUUCCUCCGAUAGAGACUAUUUAUUGAUUUUUAAUUUUGUAAUAAACAAAAUAAAUAUGUAUUUAAACGUA